UGCUGCUGCUGCUAUAGGUGAAUUCUUGUUAUAGAAGUUAUAGAGAGCUCUUAUUUAUUUGACAGGCUGCCAACCGAUAAAAGGUUAAAGAGGGUGUAUAUAAAAAAGAACUUAAAACUUAUCAGGUCAAGUAGCUCCAGAAUGUGCCUAUCAGCAUUUUCCAUUUCUUUUUGAGUCAUUGGUUUUAAGAGUAUCUGUCCAUCCAGCAUUUCAGCUGUGAUUCUUGUAGUUAAUUAUUAAAUGAGAGGUUUGUCCCUGUAAUUCAUGGAAGGCAUUGCGUUCCAUUAAAAACUGCAGUGUAUAUAGCUAAACAUUCAUUUUGGGGACAUUUCUCUUCUGUGUGAUAAAACUGUCCUGUCAUUUCAUAUUUUUCUUUGUAAACCACUGAGAGUUGUGUGAUUGUAGCAGUGGUUUAAAAAUCAAAUAAAUAUUUUAUAAAUGUAAUUUGUGCUAGUGUUUUUGCUAGGCCAGCUAGGUGACAGUACUUACAGUAGCUGACCUUGGCUGAGCUCAGAAAGCUAAGCAGAAUUAGAUUUUAUGAGCAUUUGGAUGGGAGACCACCAGGAAACAUUGGCUAGACCAGCAAAUAACUAAUGAGGGUAAAAGAUCCAUCAAAGGUUGCCCAUGAUAAAAAUAAGAGACAAAAAAAGUCAAAUCAGCAUCAGGAUGAAGAUUCUUCAGAUGAUAUUACAGGACUGACAUGCCAGCAUGUGAGCCAGGCAGUUGAUGUCCAUCAUGUGAAGCGGGCAGUAGCUCAAAAUGUCUGGUCAAUAUGUUCAGAGUGCUUAAAGGAAAGAAGAAUAUACAAUGGUGAGCCAGUAAUGCCUUCUGAUAUAUGGCUCUGUCUCAGAUGUGGCAUUCAGGGCUGUGGUCAAAAUUCAGAAGGCCAGCAUUCUCUAAAGCAUUUCCAAACUGCCCGGGCAGAAUCUCAUUGCAUUGUAAUCAAUCUUAGCACAUGGAUCAUAUGGUGUUAUGAAUGUAAUGAGGAGCUCUCAACACACUGUAACAAAAAGGCUUUGACACGGAUUGUUGACUUCCUCCAAAGGCACGUUACUAGAAAUGAAUCAAGUUCAUCAUCAAAAAUUAUAUGGCUACAUGAAGAAAACAAUGAAGCAAAUGACAUAUUAAGGGGGAAAGGCCUCAGUUCCAGCUGGGCAUCUGUUCCUGUUAAAGGCAUUAAUAACUUAGGGAACACAUGCUUCUUUAAUGCUGUUAUGCAGAACUUGGCACAGACACACAUGUUAAAUGAACUAAUGUGCGAAAUGAAAGAAAAGGGGACAAAGCUAAAAAUAGCUCAAAGCCCAGCAUCUCAACUGGAUCCAUUGGUAGUGAAUCUUUCCAGCCCUGGAUCUCUGACUUCAGCUAUGCUCCUGUUCCUUCAUAGCAUGAAAGAUGCUGGGAAAGGUCCUCUUUCUCCUAAAAUUUUGUUCAACCAGCUCUGUCAGAAGGCCCCUCGGUUUAAGGGAUUUCAACAACAGGACAGCCAGGAGGUCCUCCACUACUUGUUGGAUGCAAUGAGAAUAGAAGAAACAAAGCGCAUACAAGCUGCAAUCUUAAAAGCAUUUAAUAAUCCAACAACUAAAACAGCAGAUGAAGAAACCAAACGAAAAGUCAAAGCAUAUGGAAGAGAGGGUGUGAAGAUGAACUUCAUAGAUAGGAUUUUUGUGGGUGAAUUGACCAGCACUAUCAUGUGUGAGGAAUGUGAAAAUAUUUCCACAGUAAAGGAACCCUUCAUUGAUCUUUCACUUCCAAUAAUAGAAGAGAGGAUUUCAAAACCUGUUUCUUUUGGAAGGACAAGCAAAGGUAAACAAAUACAAGAAGCAGAUAUUGAUCGAUUCAGCUGUUCUUCUAUUACUGCUCUGACUAAUCAGCAAUCAAAGCUGUCUAGAAAAUGUUCAUUAACAAAGGACAAGAACCAAGUAAACCAUGAAAGAAGACUUGCCAAUAAAUCUUCUGGUGAAGAAGAAUCAAGCCCGUUCAUUCUGCCCGGAAAAAUCAGGAACUCUAAAAUGGAGGACAGAUCCAUUGCUUCAUGCGCAAGAGACAGCAGUGCCAUUUCGGAGUCUCCGGCAAAUGGAAGUCAGACUGAAGGCAGUGAGAAAGAAGCCAGCCGUUCUGAAAGCAGCAUCGAUGCCGAUAGCGAGGCCUCUGAAAGUGAAAGUGCUUCUAGGCAAAUUACGGCCAGCAAAGCCUGCACCACACCGGGUUUGUGCACCCGUGGACACAAACACUUCCCUGCAAGUGCUAAAUUGCAGUACAGCAAAUCAAGCAAUAGCAGUACAGACACACUUACUAGUGCCUUGUCAAAAUUUCACUUUGGAAGCACAGCUGUUGAGAGCGAGGGGCCUCUCCAGACCCUUUCAAGUCUGUCGAAGAACACUGCCUUUUCAACAGAGAUGCAAAACCCUCAAAAUGCUUUCCUGACCCUUUCUCAGAGCUACGUAACUAGUUCUAAGGAAUGUUCAGUUCAGUCAUGCCUCUAUCAGUUUACCUCGGUGGAGCUGCUAAUGGGAAACAACAAGCUCCUUUGUGAAAACUGUACUGAUCAGAAGCACAAACACCAGAAAAAAGCGAAUUCCACAGAUAAGAAGACAGAAGGUGUGUAUACAAAUGCUAGGAAGCAGCUGCUGAUUUCUUUGGUUCCUGCUGUUCUCAUCCUCCAUCUGAAAAGAUUUCAUCAGGCUGGCAUGAGUCUAAGGAAAGUAAACCGACAUGUAGAUUUCCCACUCAUUUUGGACUUGGCUCCAUUUUGUUCUGCCUUUUGCAAGAAUGUGACAGAUGGUGGGAAGGUUCUCUAUGCGCUUUAUGGAAUAGUGGAACACAAUGGUUCAAUGCGAGGAGGUCAUUAUGCAGCAUAUGUAAAAAUCCGAACAUCAUCCAAAAAACAUUUAGAGCACAAUUCUAGUAAUAAAAAUGUUCAAGGUUUAAAAGAAUCUCCAGGAUCACCUGCAGGACAGUGGGUAUAUGUCAGUGACACCUAUGUACAAGCAGUCCCAGAAUCAAGAGUAUUAAAUUCACAAGCCUAUUUGCUUUUCUAUGAAAGAAUUCUGUAGCCCCGCUCAGUGUGGAAAACAGGGAAGCAAUGGGUGUUAUUUACAUUUAUUUAAGUGCAGCAGAAAAUUACAGUAUAUGUAAAUGUUGCGCCUUUAUCUGUUCUUGUUCUCCAGUAGAAAAUAUACCCUGGUUUUGGACUCCACAAACCAUGGCUUGGAUGCUGAAAAGCCCAUGCAUGUAUUGUUUUCUCUCUUUCUUUCAUAUAUAAAAAAUAUAGCAGGGUGGCUAGCAUUUCUGUUCAGUUGCUGUUUCAGAAGAAUCCAUAGCUUCAUAUGCUUUUAUGAAGAGGUGAGGACAUAGACUCCACUGAAAUGGAAAUCAAAAAAAAUUGCAUGUGUGAAUGGAAGGAGGGGUGUGUGUAUGUGUGUGUGCAUGCGCGAGCAUGUAUUUCUGAAUCCAAGCAGACAUUGGUUCUGAACUCCUAAACUGUAGUGUGAAAUAAUGAAUUCUGAAACAGAAUAGUGAUGUUUCAAAAUGGGUUAGCUAAAAUCUGUGCUUUUUAAAAAGUUAAUUGCAGAAACAAUUUUGAUAAGACCAAACACCUGAUUUUUCCUUAGUGAAGAAAGACUGCUUAUGGGCACCAAAGCAUGCUUUUGUAAAAUAUUUGGCACUUGAAUAUUCUUGAAAGCAGUAAUUCUUAUAAAUGUAACAUGUUCCAUAAAUGGGAAGUAGUGAUUUCAGGAAACAAAAAGGUCAUUCUACAAAACUAGGAAACUAUAUUGUAUGUCCUAAAAGGAAUGUGUGAGUGCACCCAGACCUGAUUUCACUCCGGUGUGCUUCUCUCUAUUUGAAUAUGCCUUGAAAUCUGAUGAGGUUACAUGUGGAAACUUUAUCAGAAAGCAGACAUUCUUCUUAUAAUGUGCUGGCUUUCAAAUUUAGUGAACCCCAAAUCACCUCUGAGUCCUCCAUACUUGCACUGUGAAGCUGGAGCAAGCCAUACUUUUUCAGAACAGUUGAAUAUUCUCCAUAUAAAUAUAUUGGCAAAUAAAUUCAUGCUUUCUAGUGAAGAGGUUACUUUCUCUGACAUUGAAAGACAAUAUCAUGCAGAACAAGUCUCAGAGGUACAAGUAUGUGUAUGUGUGUGUGUAUGUGUGUGUGUGUGUAUAUAUAUAUAUAUAUAUACACACAUACUUACAUACACACUUUUAUUUAAUGCACGCUAUAGUGGCCCUGUUUCUGCAGUAGUCUUAAAUAGGUUCAAGGAGGGAGUUAAUAAACUAUGGAACUACAGCGAGGAAAAGUUAAAUUAACACACCCAAUCAUAUUGUGGGAAUAUCUAGAGACAGUUGGUUGACCUGUCUACUUAAUCCUUCAAGAAAAAGUGCAGAAGACAAAGAGUAAAUAAAAUCGCAACCGUCUCAAUGACAGAACUGCAGUGUUCAAACCAGCCUAACCAAUGGGGAAGGGGCUAGUGAUACAAUGACAGUUUUCUAGUACUCCUGUAGUUCUUGGAGAAAGUAUAUGAGACUGUAUUCUGCAAAUGGUUUUUUGUGACCUGGUUAAGGUGAUUGGGUUUUGCCAGAACUACCAUUUGACUGGGUUAGAGAAUGACUGGGUAAAGUACAUGGAAACAGGACAGUUGAAUUAAAUACCACAUAACUUCAAAGAAAGCUACAUCUUCCUAAAAGAUUUUUGUCUUUUACCUUACGUACAUUGAUGUAUUUGAGUGGUUUUCUAUUAAAAAUAGCUAUUGGAGUAUCCAGCUGUAUGUGAUUAAGGUGACUUAAAUAGAAUCAGCUCUCAGGUCUUCGUUGUGAUUAUCAAUACAUUGUUUUAUUUUUAUAUAUUAAAGAACUGUACAAUUAGCUUCCCA